GUUUUAUAGUUCACUUUUAUCAAUAUCACUUCAAAAAGUUAACUUCUCUCAAUAUUUAUUACAUUUAUCUUUUUAUUUUAUUUUUUUAUCCGUUAUUUUUCUAUCAUCUCUUGUCUUCUCUCUCGUUCACCACCACCAUUGACCACUGUCCAACAAUCAGUUCCUUCUUCAACGGCAAUUUCUCACCCCCUCCCUCUCUUUCUCUCUCUAUCUCUUCAACAACGCGGAGGAAGCUAGCUGUAUAUUUCAUUUUCUUCUUUUCUUUUCAAAACUCAGAUUUCUCACCUCCAUGCAACCGGCGGAUGAACCUUUUUCACCCAGAUCUCAUAAUAUAUCAAUUAAUCAAUAUGCCGAGUUUCGACGGUGCGACAUUGGAGUAGAUUAAAGGUGGGGAGAACGAAGUGGUGGCGGUAUUGAAAGAAUGGAUAAAAAAGGGCGAGGGAAAGGAAAGGGUAAAGGGGAGCGCCGCUGCGCCGGGGAUUUCUUCCGGGCGGGUUCAGAAGACAGAGGCGAGACAGGAGGGCCAGGAUUUCUUGGACGGUUGAGAGAGGAAGUGAAAAAAUGAGAAUGACUGAAAAACCCAUCCGCAAUGUGCGGACUGUGCAGGAGGUGCUGACGUGGCAAAACAGCUUUUUUGACAUUGCCUUAUAGUAUUUUGUAGAUGUCCAAUGUCUCGUAAAACUAGAUUUUUUCCCGUUUUCCAAAAAAUUGUCAUUGAAUUCCACUCGAUAAUUUCUAGCAAUACCGAACCCUGCUUUCGUAUAGUUUGAUAUUGGCUUGUUAUACUCUCAUCCAUGAAUAAGGUACGAUGAGAAAUGUAUGCAAAAAUUAAAUACAAGUAUGGAGAUAGAGUGAUCAUAAAUGGUCGAACACCCACGUCCAUCAGUUUGAUUACCAUCCCUACUCAAGUGUGAUAACAAAGGUAGUGCGAUAACUAGUUUUUUCGUUCAGAUCCGAGUCAAACAGCACAACGCGUUAACUACAAGUCUAGAGAUAGACAAGAGAUCAUAAAUGGUGAGUGAAUGGGGAUAUAGAUAGAGACAAACAGACUUCUCCAACGCAACACUAGCUAGCCUAACAGAACCACGGGCUUCAGCUCCCCUCUAAGGGGAACUCCUUUAACUGUCCAACUCCGGCGUCGCCAUCGGUGUUCGUGUUACAGGCACCGCUCGUCGAACCCUUGACUGCUCAAAGAAUAGAGAACAGAAAGAAAUUCAGCUCAAAAUUGAAGCCACAUGUAAAGAAACUUCACAAGCCGGAGGAAAGAAAUUCAGUCAUUAAGCAAUUGAAACGAAACAAAGGAGAAAGAUGUAGCAAAUACGAACCCACCACCAGUUGUUACGCUGAUUACUUAGUUAACAAAGGCAAUAGUGCUAAUUUCGAUACACAUAUGUUCGAUACGGAGGAUCCAAAUCUAAAUAGAUGGAUCAUGUAUGAUGUAAUGGGCAUGGACCAAACCAGUUUCACUUCGUUACAACUCUUGCGUCCGUCUUUCUUUAAAAAAAAAAAAAAAUACAGAGAUCCCCAAUUCCAUCGUGCGUUCCUCCCUCCCUCUCUCCCUAGGGUUUCCUCUUCCCAAUCCUUUUUUCCGGCGACCAUGAAUCCCGAUCUCCCGAUCCCGAGCCUCGGCUACGAUCCCCACCCACAAACCCCGCUGCUGCCUACGGAUGUAUCAUCGAGCGUCGUCGUUGAAUCGGCUCCCGGAUCUGGCUCCUCCUCGAGCGAAACCGAGCUUGAAUCGAGUCCGAAGAGGCAGAAGAUCGAUGAAGAUGAUGGCGGCGACGUCAAGGGCAGUGGCGGCGAGGAGGAGGAAGAGUGGACUCAGACUAUGGGGAAGCCCUUAACCCGGUAUCCUAAAACCGAAGAAGACGAGAAGAAGAUGUGGCUCUUCUAUGACCAGGUUUUGGCUAGCGAGGGAUUCGACUAUGUCCAGCAGCCCCCGGUGGACGUCGUUGAAUACGGGGUUUUGCGGGUCAACAUGAAGAAUGCUGUGUGGAGCAAGCUUGUCCAUGAGUGUCUGGAUCACGUUGUCGACCAAAUGAACAAAUCGCCGGACGGGGGGUGGAAGUUGGUCGCUGGUGAUAUUGUGAAGGCCAAUAGGCGAGCUUGCCAGGGUUGUAUCUUCUUCAUCACAUUCAAAGCAACCAACUUUGCUGAUCCUAAAGAUGCUGCUGAGAAAGAAUAUGAAGCUCAAGUUUAUCGCAACUUUACUGGUGAGUGUAGGACGGACCUGUUCAGUGUGAAAGGCCAGAAGGAAGCGAUUCAAGAACGCCCCAACCGGUGGAGGAUGAGAAUGUGCUAUGGUUGUCCCUGUGACGGUCACUGUGGCUGUAAGUGAAGCUGGAGUUGGCAGUUACAUUAAGGAGUCCUCUUUUAAGGUGAUUGUGAGGCCCUUUGUCCUGCUAGGCUAGCUACUGUUGCAUUGGAAAGGUCGUCUAGCUAUGUGUUCGUGUCUCCAAACUGCUAGUCAAUGUUGUUGUUAUGAAUUGGAUUGAAACGGUGAACUUGUCGUACUGCCCUCCUUUAGUUAUCAACUUUAACUAUGUGUUUGUGUUUUUUGUUUCGAGACAAGAAUGAGAAUUCGAUGAUGACGGGUGACGACCUGUUCGAUUUUGGUAUGAGGAUUCAGUGGAUGGAUUUUGGCCAUUUGGGGAGAUUAGGGGUCGAAUUUGGGGGGCCCCCGAUAAAUCUCCUUUAAUUAUUGUGUACAUGUUUCUCGCACAUGUAGCUGUUCCAUAGUUAAUUGAAAUGAAACAAGAUGAAAUAUAGACAGCAAAAAGGAAUAUGACAACACAAUAACAGAAGUCAACCGCGUAUAUCAUAACUAACAAAACAGUAAUGGACAAUACCAUCUACUUAGAAACUUUAAGCCGAAAUAACUCGAUUGACAAAAUUGGGGGCCCACGACGAUUGAAAUGGUGCAUGAUGAAUUAAUUAAAAUUCUACGUCCCCUAGAUAUAUCAAUUAACUCACUCAUUCCAAUCCAAACAAGACGAUUACACUCGAUUAUCGAAACUAAAAUUCCCCGACUCUUAAACAUUUAUAUUACUAUAAUUAGAUCAAGUGAAAUAAUGCACACUAAAGUCCACUGGAAUCCCCAUCCCCUGAACAUUUCUAUUACCAUAACUAUACAGGCAAUUAAACUAAAUCCUCUACCAAUACUAGUCGACGUAACUAAUAAUAAUAGCUUAAUAAUAUAACAAUGAAGACCCAAAAUGGCAACAGUACAAACAAUGGGAGUUAAAACAGAUUCGUUUGGAUGUAACAUUUAGGUGAAUUACGUUAUUUCGGUCGUUUGGCUAACAAAAGGUAGAAUGUAUUAUUUCGGGACUCGUGGCAAUUGAAAUGAUGCAUAAUGAGUUAAUUGAAAUACCUCCUCUCCACACGACAUUUCAAUUAACUCACUCUUACUUUCAUUAAGUGGUGAAAUAUCACAUGUGAAUGUUCUAUACAAACAAAACACUUAGAGUCAAUUACUAUAUUCAAAGCGGAAACACCAAAUGAAAUGUUACUAUUAAAAUUAUACUGCAUUUUGAUUCAAAAUACCAUACAACCAAAACAAUGCGAUCCAUUACCUUCAUAAUCUAGUUCCCGGAUGGGACUCACCAAGAUCAAUUACAAUAAGAAUUAUGAAGUUUAUAUUCCUAGCUUUUAUUAGUUGUUACCAGCUUCAUUUUAUAGUGACAUGAAAUUAAAUGAUGGUGGUAUUAAUCAUGAACUUAUGAAUAAUUUUGAUUUUAUUUAAUCAUGAAAUUAUGAUGGUGUUUUUGAGAGAAGUAAGUUGCGCUGAGUAUUCAAUUGAGCAUAGGGCUGUUAAUUGGUUGUUAGAGAAUUGUAAAUCUUCUUUUCACAUGCUUCGCUUCAACUUUCGUUUUCAUUUUCUCAAAUUAAGAAAUGAAAUUAGUUGUCAUUC